GUUACGUGCAAUGCCGGUGGCAGAGUCACGGAGCUGUUUCUCAUGGAGUCGGGAUUGGUGCAGCUCCCGGAGGGCAUUGGCCACCUGUCGUCCCUGGAGAAGCUGUGGUUGUCUCAGAAUGCGCUGCGCCAGCUCCCUUCAGACUUUGGUCAGCUGCAGUCCCUGCAGGCUCUGUGGCUUGGCGACACUCUCUUCAAAGAGGUGCCACAUCAAGUUUUGCAGCUGUCAAGCCUUCAGCAGCUGUACAUCACCUUGAGUCCCAUCACCAGCCUGCCAGCUGGGAUUGCCAACCUGAGCAACCUGCACUGGCUGGAUUUGUCGGAGAGCAUGCUCGCAUCGCUGCCCCCAGAGAUUGGCCGGCUCACAAAUCUGCGCAGGCUGGACCUGCACUCCAACAAAAUUUCUCAUCUACCACCGGAGAUCGGCGCGCUCACCCUCGUUACGCGCCUGAGCCUGCACUCCAAUGAACUCGUCUACCUGCCUCCUGAGAUCGGCCGACUCACAGCGCUGACCUGGCUGUCCUUGAACUGCAACCACUUGAGGACGGUGCCCAAGGAGCUCGGGUGCCUGACAAACCUGACGCGCAUCUCUCUGCACAUCAAUCGCCUUGUCUCCCUUCCAGAGGAGCUGGGCCAAAUGAAGGCUCUGGAGUCUUUUGCUGGAUUCACCAACGAGCUGCCGGAGAUUCCUGGGCGGAUGCUGGCUGGCUGGCGAGAUCUCACCAGACUGUGUCUCUGGACGAACCAGCUCGCGGUGCUGCCAGC